ACUUCCUCUUUACAGAAACAUAAGAUCAGUACACUAAAGGAAGGGGGUGUGACUUUAGCCAUUUUCUAAAGAGAGGGUUAUGGGCUUGUUUUAUUUUUAUUAUCAAUACAGAAGUGACUCUUCGGAAGAAUAGGAAUUCCACAUUUUCAUAAUUAACAAAGAAACUUGAGAUGAAGCCACAGAGACUACUUGAUGAGAUGUUUCCUAAGUACUUCCUUUUGCUAUUUGGAGCUGUGCUGCUGUUGUUGACAACAGCAUUUUCUCUCGAAUGUACCAAAUACAAUGUAAAAACAUGUCAGGACUGCAUUGAGUAUGGCCCUGGUUGUGCCUGGUGCAAGAAACGGGAUUUCACAAAAAUAGGAGAACCAGAUUCAGUUCGAUGUGACACAAAGCAAAAGCUCCUUGAGAAGGGAUGUGAUGGGAACAUUAUUUUCCCAGAAAGCUUUGCUGGCCCAGUGUCUUCUGAACAAUCAAACACGAAGAAACAAAUCUACCCAGACAAGGUGCAACUACAUUUAAGACCAGAACAACCUGCUGUUUUUAAUGUGACAUUCCAGCGUGGGGAAGAUUAUCCAAUAGAUCUCUAUUAUUUGAUGGACCUCUCAUUCUCUAUGGACGAUGAUCUGCAAACAGUGAAGAAAUUAGGAGGAGAUCUCCUUAAAGCUCUCCAGAGUAUUACCAAACGUGCACGGAUAGGUUUUGGUGCCUUUGUGGAUAAGACUGUCUUGCCAUUUGUAAACACACAUCCAGAGAAGCUUCAGAAUCCAUGCCCAACCAAGGAGACCAAGUGCCAACCACCAUUUGCUUUCAGGCAUGUGCUUAGUCUCACUGAUGAUGUACAGAGUUUUCAAGAAGAAGUAGGGAAGCAGAACAUAUCGGGGACUCUCGAUGCACCAGAAGGAGGACUUGAUGCCAUGAUGCAGGCCGCUGUCUGUGGAAGUAAAAUUGGCUGGAAGAAUGUGACUCGCUUAUUGGUCUACACAACCGAUGAUGGUUUUCAUUUUGCUGGGGAUGGUAAGCUUGGAGCCAUUUUAACACCUUUUGAUGGAGAAUGCCACUUGGAAGACAAUAUGUACAAAAAAAGUAAUGAAUAUGACUAUCCUUCUGUUGGUCAGUUGAUACAAAAACUUAAAGAAAAUAAUAUUCAGCCCAUUUUUGCUGUUACCCAAAAAGUCUACGAUACAUAUGAAAAACUGAGCAAGAUGAUCCCCAAGUCUGCUGUAGGAAAACUGCAGGAGAAUUCAAAUAAUGUAAUUCAACUCAUCCAGCGUGCUUAUGAUGAUUUAUCUUCCAAAAUUAUUUUAGAACAUAGCUCUGUGCCAAGCUCCAUCAAAAUCUCAUAUGAUUCCUUCUGCCUUAAUAACAUACAUACAAAGAAUCAACCAAGAGGGGAAUGCGACAACGUAAAAAUAAAGGAUAAGAUUACCUUCCAAGUGCAAAUUACAGCAACAUCAUGCAUUGAAAAUCAGACUCUUAUUCUGCAGCCUCUUGGUUUCACAGACUUCACCACUGUACAUAUAUCUAGUCGGUGCAACUGUGAAUGUGAUGAGGAAUUACCAAAUAAAUCUGAUUGCAAUGGACAAGGGGUUAUCACCUGUGGGAUUUGCAGAUGCAAUGCUGGCUAUGUUGGAAAGAACUGUGAUUGUAAGACUGGAGGCAAAACCAGGAAGGAACUGGAAAAAACCUGUCGAAAGGACAAUUCUUCAGUCAUUUGUUCUGGCCUGGGAGAUUGUGUAUGUGGACAAUGUAUUUGCCAUACUAUGGCAGAUUCCAAAAAGCAUAUUUAUGGUCCCUUCUGUGAAUGUGACAACAUGAACUGUGAACUUCACAAUGGUCUAGUGUGUGGAGGGGAAGAAAGAGGUGUUUGUGACUGUGGGAAAUGUAAAUGUAACUCAAAAUAUGAUGGCUCUGCCUGUCAGUGCCUAGCUUCAACAGAAAAAUGUCGGAAUAAAUAUGGGAAUGUGUGCAGUCUCCGGGGGGAAUGUCAGUGCAAUACAUGCAAAUGUAAUGGACGCUAUCAGCCCCCUCUCUGUGAGGAGUGCCCAAGCUGCCCAUCUCCCUGUGCCAGAUAUGUUUCCUGUGUUGAAUGUCUUGCUUUUGGGAGUGGUCCAUUUCAGAAGAAUUGCUCUGAUAGUUGUUCAAAUAUUACUGUUGAAAGUAAUGUACAACCAAAAAGUAAAGAAUGCAGGGAAAAGGAUUCAGAGAAUUGCUGGAUCUCUUACACAAUGUUUCAGACUGAUGGAGAAGAGCACUAUUCUAUUACAGUCAAGCCUGACAAAGAAUGCCCCCAACCCCCUAACAUUGCAGCCAUAGUGGGGGGCACUAUAGCUGGAGUGGCUCUUAUUGGACUCCUUCUCCUCCUGGCUUGGCGGCUAGUGGCAGAGUUGAUUGAUCGCAAAGAAUAUCACAGAUUUGAGAAGGAGAAAUCCAAGGCCAAAUGGAAUGAGGCUGACAAUCCUCUUUUCAAGAGUGCUACUACCACUGUUGUGAACCCCAGAUUUAAUGGCCAAUGAAAUGAAACUUCAGCAACAGUGCAAAGCACAAAGAAACUCUUCAGCAGAAAAACAGAAGAUGAAUCCAUUUGCUUUUCUUAAAUCAACUGUUAUUGCUGUAUAAUAUCAGUUAUUUUUGAGAAAACCAUUCUGCGGGUUUUGCAACAUGCUUCUUUAUAUAUAUAUGUGAUUUUUAUUGACUUUUUCAUACAUUCAAUAGUAUUUGUUCAACAAAUAUUCUGGCUGAAUUUACAUUCACUAAUACAAAUUUAAUUCCUAAUCCUUUAUUCUUUCCUCUAGCCCUUGAUAAAAUAAGUCCCAAGUUUGAUAAUAUUCCGUUUCUUCUUUUUCUUUCAGUCACAUAGUCAGUCUAUCCAUCUCUGCAUAUUCUAGUAUUUUUUUUAAUUAUUUCUUCAUCUGAUGUUAUUUCUUCCUUCUUUCAAUACUGCGCGAAUAUAAUUCUUGCCACUGUUGUUACAUGCAGCAUGCUUCUAUUCCAACAUUUUUAAAAAAAUACGUAAGCAUUAGAGAACUUUACUGCAUAUCUCAGAUGAAGCACUCAGAGUAGCUAGGCCUCUUCCAUUCAUCACCCAUACAAACUGUAGGGAAUUAGGGGUUUGGUUUAUAAAAUUAUCUAAACCUCUACUAUACAUAGUAUGUAAAUAAAAUGCCAACUGCCACUCAGGGAGUUCUUUUAAUUAACAAUUUUGUUGUUUAUAGGGCCUGUUUUAAGGUGAGGUGAGGUGUUUACAAGGCCUAUUUUAAGGUGAGUGAGAAGGUGAUGAGCUAUUACCACAAAGUGGUAAUUUUCCCAAGAAGGUACUAUGUUGCAUUCAAAACAAUGCUGAUUUGUUCAUCUCAUGAGCAAUUGCAAUCCCACCCAUCUCUCAGAAAGCAUCAAUGUUUUGCACUGUGAACCUUUUUUUUCUGGGACUCCAAAAGAGUGUAUCAGAGCAGAGCAGCCAAUCAGCAUUCAGUCCCUUUGCUUUAAAUAGCUGAGUUUACUACCUCAGAGAGCUUCCAGCACUUUACACAUUUCCAGCAUUGCUGUUUCCAUACAUAUCACCUAUAUGUACCUAUGUGUAUAUUUGUCUCAUAGUUUACAAAACCAGGUGAGUAAUCAGAGAACUUUGGGGGUUUUUUGAGGGGGGAGGAAUAUUUGACUACUAUGGAAUAGACUCAGAUGGCUUUGACUCAUCAUGAUUGUCGAUCAGCAAGCUUUAUGAGGUCUUGUCCAGUAAACACAAAAUUUUAUUCCUGCUUGCAGGAGACAGUUCUGAAGCUAUUACCAAAUGAAUCAAAAAAUCUAUAAAAACUUUUAUUCACCUGUUGCUGUAUUAGGGAUCUGAUGAUCUGAUAACUUUGAGGAGCAGAUUAUGAGCUGAGGAUGAGCUUCUUUGUGCCAGAUGUCCUGUCUGGAUAUCAAUCGACAUUCAAUCCCCAGUAAUAGGAUUGUUUUAAACCAGCGGUUCUCAACCUGUGGGUCCCAACCCUAUUUGGGGUUGAAUGACCAUUUCAUGGGGUCGCCAAACAAUGCAGUCCACCAUUUUUUCCCCUUUUCCUUAGCUGUGCUACUCGCUCUUA